CCCGCCUGCUCAACCGCGCUUCUGGUUCACACGGCAGAGCCGUACGAUUGUGGCAUACAUAGACACAGACCGCAAGAGGCUUACGGUACCAAGACUCGGUUUCUCACGCCUUGGCUGUGGUUAUGGACGAAUUUCCUCCGCUCUCGCGCGACCCGCCUCGCUCGUCGCCGGCCAUCCACCCGGCCACACGCUCAGACCCGCCGUGGCUCGCAGUCGCUGCCAAACACGGCGCACCCGCCCGGAACCAGAUGACCGGUCACGCGGCGAGUGAGACCAAACGACACACCCGCGAGCCCAAUUCGCCCGUCACCGACUGGGGCGUUACCGCGAGCUAUGGUGCCAGUGGCUCGACCACGACCUCGCCGCCGACGCCUCAGGGGCAAACAACGUCGACUCAGAGCACGGCGGAGCUCUCGUCGCUCUCCUCUUUUUCGUCGUCGUCCAUCAACAACGCUCAGCACAUACCUCCGGUUGUUCCGCCGGUUCCGCUCGCCUCGAUCCACGGCUCGAGCCACGGCACGCUAGCGCCGGCCCGCCGGUCGCUGCCGUCGUCGGCCGGCGGCCUGGCCGCUGCUGCUGGGGGCAGCGCAGCCGACCGCGGCGGCGAGCAAGCGUACUCUGCAGCCCCGCACACCUUUGGGCAGGGCACGCGCGCGGAGCUCAGGUCAUCAGACUCGGAUUCGGAUUCGGACUCGUACGAUGGCUACUCGGCGCCCGAGAAUCCGGCCGUCUACACUGAGCCGCCGCUCUUCCCUUUAUCAUCGUCGUACUCUGUCAGCGACUCCUUUUCCGACUCGGGCUCAGCCUCGGCCGGCAUUGCCGGCCACCGGCGCGGCGCGUCGACCGGAGCUGGCGACCUCUCGGCGUUUGUCCGCCCACCCUCGCCGCUCUUCUCGUCUUCCGACACCGAGCCUGCGUUUGAGCUUUGGGGCUCGGCGCGGACCUCGUCGCCGGCCGCCACGUUCAAUGCCUACUCGGCUCGCUCGGUCUCGGUCGAGCACCACUCGCGCCGAUCGGCGUCGGCGUCAACCUCGACCUCGCCGCGCUCCUCGGUGGCGCGUGCCCCCAACAUCAAUCCGUUUUUGGGCACGUCCACCUCGCGCUCGCGACCGUCGUCGCCGCGUCGCUCGUCGGGUACGCCUGGCGCCUCGCCGCGCGAGCCACUCGGCUCUGGCCCGCCCACGCCCUCGGGCUCGGCUGCGCCGCAGAUUCCCUGGCUCGCCAUGCCGGUCGCCCCGCUUGUUGUCCCGCCGGUCCUCGCUGCCACCGACCGCGGACCGGCCCCAUUUGGUGCCUUUGGCGCCCCGCUAGGCUCUUACGCAUCGGGUGCCGACGAGGCUACCGACCUCCGUAUGCGCGCCAUGUCGCUCUCACCGCGCUACGCCGGCUCGUCAGCCGGAAACCAGAUGGUGCUGGACCAAGGCCUUGCGCCGGGCAUUUCGAGCGCAAGCUCUUUUGGCCUCGCGCUUCCGCCGUCGUCGUCGAGCAACAACACGUUGCGGGCCGACCACCCGCCGGCUAGCGAGGGCACGCGCGCCAUGUCGGCGCGUGCGGCCUUUUCGUCGGCAGGUGCCCACGCAAGCACCGGCCCCCCGGGCAUCCCCAUGCUCCCGCUCUCGGCCCGCCAUGCUCCACACACCUCGUCAGUCUCGGCGCCCGGCUCGGCCACCGAGCAUGCCAAGGGCGUCACCCGCUCCACCUCGGAGAGCGCCGCUACCUGGCAGCAGCUGCUUCAGACCAACGGGCUCGCACCCAAGGUCCCGCCACGGACCUCGCCUGCGCUCGGCGACGAGGGCGGCGUUGGGGCCAACGGCGAAGCCACCGCCGCCGCCGCCGCUGCUGCCGCCGCCGCCACCUCGGCCGCCGCCCUUGCCCUCUCGCCGCGCCCGGUCGAGCUUGCGCCGCGCCCGCCGCGCAUCCCGGUCUCCAACCCGGUCGACGCGCCGCCGCCGCUCACGCCACGGGCCAAGGCCAACUUUAAGACCAACUUUCUCAAGCCGUUCCGCGAGGCGACCCAGCAGGGCUCGUUUGCUGACGCUCUCGCCCUCGCCAACCGCGCCAAGGCCGAGCUCACACCUUCCAUGCACUGGCGCAUCAACCUGCACCUCGCCGGCACCGCGCAGAAGCUCAACAUGGUCGACGACGCCCGCGAGCUGUACGCCUCGGUCCACACCGCUGCGCCGGGCGACCCGCAGGGCUGGCUCGCCGCCGCCAAGAUGGAGCAGUCGCUGGGCGAGCACGACACUGCACUCGACCUGCUCAAUGCCGGUCUCUCGGCCUCGCCGCUCGACGAGGCCCUCUUUGUCGCAGCCCUCCGCCACCAUGAGAAGCACGGCUCGCUCGACGACGCACGUGCCCUUUUGGCCAUGCUCCGCAAGCAGCCCAUUGCCGACUGCUGGAAAAUGGUUCUCGAGGGCGCCCUACUUGAGGUCCGCGCCGGCAAUCUCGACGCUGUCCGCCCGCUCCUUGCCCACCUCAUGGACGCAGUCCCCUGGUACGGCCCGGUGUACAACGAGGCCCUCGUGGCCGAGCUGGGCGCCGGCAAGCUCGCCAAUGCCAUUGCUGUCAUCCAGCGUGGCCUCCGCGAAAAUCCGCGGUACGGCCCGCUCUGGUUUGGCGCGCUCCGUGUGUACGAGCUCCUCUACUCGGCUGUCCUCGCUCACUCGAAACUCUCGCCACUUGACCCGCCGUACGAGUUUGUGCGCGACUCGCCCAUUGUCCCGGCGCCGGCACCGCACCUUGCCGGCGCCCGGGCCAACAUGCUCACCACCAUCGAGGCCGCGCUCGCCAACAUCUCGCGCGAGCUCGCGUGGAAGGUCCACCACUCGGCCGCCCACGUCCUCAUGCGCAUCGGCGUCGAGGACGAGAUGCUCUCGCACUUUGCUCGCGCCGCCCUCCGCUGCCCGCCCAACUUGGUGUGGAAGGUCUGGGUCCAUGCCGCCCGCAUGGAGCUCUCGCGCUCGCGUACACCCGCGGCCCGCGCCUUUGUCGCACAGGCCCUCGCAUGCGUUCCCGCCAAGCUCCGACACGUCGUCCUCAUCGAGGCCGCCCGCCUCGAAGAGUUCAACUUUAACCUGCCCAAGGCACGUGACAUCCUCCACUCGGCGCUCACCCCGGGCAAAGACGGGUGGAAGGUGCAUCUCGAGCUGGUUCUCCUCGAGCUCCGCGCUGGCCUUCUCGACGAGGCGCUCCAUGCCCUCCUCCGCGCCCUCGCCGUCUUCCCGUCGACCGGCCGCCUCUGGGCGCUCCUCAUCCAGCUCCGCGCCUACUCGUCGUUUGACGUCCAGAAGGCCACCUUUCACGCCGCUGUCCGCCAGGUGCCCAAGUCUGGCGAGGUGUGGUGCGAAGGCGCGCGGCUCUAUCUCAAUCCGGUCUCGCCGCUCUUCGACCUAGUCGCCGCCCGCAAGUGCCUCCAGUACGCCAUGCUCUUCACUCCGCAGUACGGCGACUCGCUCGUCGAAUCGCUCCUCCUCUCCAUGCUCACCGAGCCGCGCUUCUCCUCGCUCCUCUCGGAAGGCUCGGUCUUUUCCGACUCGCCGCAGGGCGCCGCGUCGGUCCUCGCCACGCCGUGGGCCCAGCCACCAGCCCUCCUCCGCGCUUGCGCGCUCUCGGAACCCAACUAUGGCAUGCUCUGGUUCCAGUACAAGGCCAAGUGUGGCGAGCACGCCACCGCACGCCAGGUCCUCGCUGCAGCCGCAGACGGCGUCGCCGCUCAUCUGGACGCGUUUACUCGUGUGUACCAGCUGGCUGUGGCCGGCGCCCCGUGGCAGCGUGCAGCAUACCUGCGCUCCAAGCUCGAACCGCACUCGGGCCUCUCCUCGCUCGAGCGUCUCCUCGACGCCCGCUCGUCGGCCACCGACUCGAUGGACAACUGGUUUAACGUUAUCUACGGCUCGGACCACCUCUCGAUCUGAGGCACUUUCCCUCCGUCUGCUGAAUGAACGCUCCUACGCCUUCGCG